AAGCCCGUGCUCGAGUUUGACUCCCACAAGCCUCGAAGCAAGGCCCAAAGCUACCUCUCUCCCUCCCUACUCUCCCAACUCCAUUCUCUCUAUCUCGCUAUCCUCUCCCUCUCUCUCACCGAUCUGUCCCUCUCGACAGAAUCCAGCGCAAAAAUGGAACUCCAACUCCUCCUCCAGGGUCGCCUCGACCUCAACCCCUGAAACCAGACCUCCGAUGUCGCUCCUCCGCCGUGCCCCCGCCGCCCUCGCCCUCUCCCUCGCCGUCCUCGCCCUCUGCCUCCCUCCGUCGCGGUCCCAGAACGCCACCACCGGCGCCACUUGCCCUCUCAACUUCACCGUCCUCAGCGACCUCACCACCCCGCCCUCCCGCUCCUCCCUCGACGUCUCCACCGAGUGCCGCUACAUCCUCCAGGGACUCCGCCUCGUCCAGUCCCGCUACCUCCAGCUCACCGGCUCCUUCCUCCCCCCGCUCAACUCCUCCGAGUCGUGCUGGGGCUCGUACCAGACCCUCAUCAGCUCGUUCAUCCCCAACUUCGACAUCCGCCGCUCCUGCGGCUUCGAGACUUCCUGGAUUUCGCAGGGAUGCAUGAACAUCACCACCCGGUCCCAAUUCGAGGCCGUCAUCCCCAAUUCCACAUUGAGUAGCGUCGCCGCCAGCUGCAACCAGUCGCUUGAGAACAGCUCCCCCUGCGCCGUCUGCACGACCAGCUUGUCAAGCAUUGCUUCCUACUUGAACGGCUCCUCGGUCGGGAAUGUCUCGGAUUGCACCGCCUACCCAUCGAUCUAUGCGGCAGCGUUCGCCAAUUACCUCGGGCCCACGGAUUUAGGUACUGCAAAGUGCUUGUUCUCGCUCGAUUUUACGGAUUCGGGGAGCAAUAAUAGGAAGAAGGUGGUGGUGAUACUGGUGGUUUUAAUUGGUUGUGGGUUGGGGGUAGUUGUGGUUUUCAUUGGGUUUUGGUUUUUUAGGAGGAAGCAUGGGAGGUUGAAGAGGAGGAGGAGGAGAGGGACCGAUGAGGCGGAGAGAGGGCUCGGGUUGCACAAUUUCGAGGAGAGUACCACAGUGGUCAGGUUCUCAUUUGAGGACAUCAAGAAGGCUACUAGGAACUUCUCUAGAGAUUAUAUCAUAGGAAGAGGUGGAUAUGGGAAUGUUUACAAGGGGUUGUUGCACGAUGGCACCGAGGUCGCAUUGAAGAGGUUCAAGAAUUGCUCUGCUGCAGGGGACGCCAAUUUCGCUCAUGAAGUCGAGGUCAUCGCCAGCGUAAGGCACGUGAAUCUGGUCGCUCUUCGAGGGUAUUGUAUUGCCACGACGCAGUUCGAGGGUCACCAGAGGAUCAUUGUGUGUGAUCUGAUGAGAAAUGGAAGUUUGCAUGACCAUUUGUUUGGGUCAACUGAGAGGAAGCUCAGUUGGCCUCUUCGUCAAAGGGUUGCACUUGGAACGGCCAGGGGGUUAGCUUAUUUGCAUUACGGGGCACAACCUGGAAUCAUACACAGGGAUAUUAAGGCAAGUAAUAUACUUUUGGACGAGAGGUUUGAGGCCAAGGUGGCUGAUUUUGGUCUUGCAAAGUUUACAGCAGAGGGUAUGACACAUAUGAGCACUCGGGUUGCCGGCACAAUGGGUUAUGUAGCACCCGAGUAUGCAUUGUAUGGGCAGUUGACGGAGAGAAGUGAUGUUUAUAGCUUCGGCGUCGUGCUUCUUGAGCUGUUGAGUGGGAAAAAAGCACUCUCUGGUAAUAAUGAUGGUCAGCCUUCUCUCAUCACCGAUUGGGCUUGGUCCUUAGUGAGGGAAGGGAGAGCUUUAGAUGUUAUCGAAGAUAAUAUGCCGGAGUUAGGAUCACCGGAGGUUAUGGAACAGUAUGUAUUGGUUGCAGUGCUAUGUUCUCAUCCUCAACUAUAUGCUAGGCCAACGAUGGAUCAGGUUGUGAAGAUGUUGGAAACAGAGUUAUCAGUUCCUUCUAUUCCGGAACGACCAAUUCCUUUAGUGGCAGAUAUGGAUGACAUUGAGAGAUCAUUCAGCAGUAUGGGCUCGGGUCAGUUAUCUACUCCCCGGGGCUUCCAGCCGUAUACAAUGGGAAGUGAGUGCGCUUCUGACAAUAUAGGAACAAGUUCAAGUACCAGUAAAUAAGUGCCAGUCUAUAUCUGCGUUUGAAACUGCUUGCACUCCGGACCACAAGGAAGAGGGAAAAAUUCAAGCACCAGUCAACGAGUGACACGGUCUAAAUCUCCAUUCAGAAUUGAUUGUCAUCUAACCAUAAGGAGGAAGGAAAAGGUCCGGUCAAUGAGUACCAAAGUCUAUAUCUUUACAUACUGGAGGAUGUUUGAGCCUUGCAUAGAGAUGAUGUACCACUAAAUUCAUGAGCUCUUACUGACCUUUUUGUGGAUUGGAUUGGUUCCCAGUUGUAGAGAUUAGUAGAUGAAUGUCCUAGGUAGUUCCACUCUCUCUUUUUCGUGAAGAAAAAAGAGAUUUGAUUGUUAUUCUUUCUUCUUUCUUUUUUUUUGUUCCACAGUCCAUUUGAAAUUUUACUAUCUUGUACAUCCCAUUCAUGUUCAUUGUUUUUUUUGGUUAAGAGUGAAAUCCAAAUUUGAGAUUCAAGGUGACUAGGAUUCAUGGUUCUAUGAAGUCGUUUUCCAAUGGCAAGUACUGACGUUUGAUUUAGUAUCUAGAGAACCAGCUGUUGACACAAUUGUCCUGUACUACUUUUUCCUUGUUUAAAUGACAAGUUCUGAUGCAUGAUUUAUAUGCCAAA